UCUGUGUGUCUCAGUGUCUCUCUGUGUGUCUCUCUCAGCGCUAUGAGGAAAGAGCCGCACUGCCGGUUUAUAUAGCCUGCAGGUCGACACGCGCGCGCAUCCAACACAAACACACACACGGACACAAACACAGCAGGUAAGUUUCACGGCAGGCAAGUCCAACGUGUUCCAAAUGACGUCACUUCCUGUACUUUAGAAAAGCCUUUUCUAUAAUAAUAAUAUUAUACAGGGUGUCCCAAAAGUCUCCAUAUAGCGUUGAUUAAUUUUUUUUUUUUAAAGAAAUUAUACAAAAUAUAAUUUUAUUUUUCAUGAUUGGCAGUACUGUACAAGAUAGACAGAUAGAUAGAUAGAUAGAUAGAUAGAUAGAUAGAUAGAUAGAUAGAUAGAUAGAUAGAUAGAUAGAUAGAUUUUACCCAAGUGAUUGGUUUGAUACUUCCUGCAAGGUGUGCGUGCGCGCGUGUGUGUGCGCGCGCGUGCGGCUCUUUGUCACCGAGAGAAACAAGUACAGAUAAAAGAGAACAGAUCACCGAAUCCGUCAUUGACAUACUUUAUUUCUGGCUUUGUUUAUUUCCUUAUUAUUUGUUUAUUUCUUAUGGGUCUUACACUUAGAGCGCAUUUCUCCAGUAGCCCAGGGAAAAGGCAGAGGAGGUUGCUGAUGGUCGGUCUGGAUUCUGCUGGAAAGACUACAGUGCUCUAUAAACUCAAACUGGGUAAAGCUGCUGCCACCAUCCCUACUUAUGGAUUUAAUGUUGAGACUGUUGAGCACAAAAACAUUUCCUUCUGUGUGUGGGAUGUGGGAGGACAGAAGACUAUUAGACUGAUCUGGAGACACUACUAUGAGAACUAUCCGGACACCAUGGGCAUCAUCUUUGUGGUGGACAGCAGCGACCGUGAGCGCAUCCAGGAAGCUGCUUUAGAGCUGCAGAUGAUGCUUGAGGAGGUUGCGCUGAGGGAUGUUGCUGUGUUGGUUCUUGCUAACAAACAGGAUUUACCCAACGUGAUGCCGGUCCACGAGAUGACCGAGAAGCUCAGAUUGGACACAAUUAAGAGAAUACCUUGGUUCAUCCAGUCGACUUGUGCGACAAAUGGAACAGGUUUAUAUGAAGGACUGGACUGGAUGGCUGAUCAGAUCACCAAGCGAUAAAACAGACACCAAACAGAUCACCAACCAAUUUUAUUUUUGAAGUGAAUUUAUUUGAAAGAUAUUGUAUUGUAUUUACAUGCGUCACAGAUGUUAUGAAUAUUAUUAUUUUUUGUUGUUGUUGCAUUGUUUGUCAUGGGUUUGACAAAUGGCUGCAUACUUCAAAUGAAUCUGGUAAUAAAAAUAUCUAUUUUUACAAAUA